AUGGAUGUACAAAUGUAUAUUAAAGAUGAAGAUCAAGAAAUUAUUUGUUUAAAUAAUGAUAUUAGUUUAAUAGAAAUUGAUAAUGAUGAUGACCAAGAUGAUGAAAUAUUUAUAUCACCAUUUGUUAAAGGUCAAUCAAUAAUUCAUAAAAUAUUACCAAUUCAUAUAAUGCAAAUAAUAUUCUAUUAUACACUUACAUUGGGUGAAUUCAAUUCAAAUGAAGAAACUGUAUUGAAAAUAUGGGAUUCAAAAAACAAUGAUCGUUACUCAUUAGAAGCUGUUUGUGUAACUUGGUGUUCAAUCAUUAAAGCAUCAUGUAGGUCUUUAAUUUUAUCAUUAAAUAAUUUAGAAGCAAAUACAUUCAGAAUCACUCACUACACUUAUUUAAAGAAAUUAGAAAUUAUAAAUAAUAUAAAUAAUGAUAGUGACUAUAGUGAUUUUGAUGAUAGUGAUGAUGAUGAUAGUGAUGGUGAUGACAAUAGGAAAGAUUAUAGUAAUGAUGAUAUUUAUUAUGACUAUUUCGAUCAAAAAAAGAAUAUGACAUAUAGACGUAGGAAAAGAGUGCUCAAUGAUAACUCUGACAAGAUUGGCAAAUGCUUGGCGACUAUUAUUAAUUUAUCAUUGCCAAAUUUGAGUACAUUAAAUUUAUCAAUGACAAAUUUGAAGGAGAGACAUGUGAAAGUAAUCCAAUCAUCACUAUCAUGUAAUAGGAAUAUUAGAAAAUUAGCAUUUGAUAGUUGUCCUAUCGGUGACCAGGGUGUUGUAUACCUAUCAGAUGUGUUGGAAUCAAAUCAAUGCAUCCGUCAAUUAGAUCUACAGUCAUGUGGCUCGGUUAACGGGUUGGAGUAUUUGGGGAGGGCGUUGUCGAAUAACCAGACGUUGGAGAAACUGAUAUGGUCCUACAACCAAUCCAAUUACACCAGUGUCAUGUGUUUAAGCAAUGGUUUGAGAAACCCCCACUCACAAAUGAAAUCGUUGAUAAUGAAAGGAUGCGAUAUCGAGGGUUGGGGCGCACUGAGUUUGGCAGACACCUUGGCAAUCAAUAAAUCAUUGAAAGAGUUGGAUCUGGGUUCAAACCAAUUUGGUGAUGCUGGUGCAAUCACAUUGGCUUCCAAAUUGAAUUCACAUCCAUCUCUAUCAAUUUUAGAUUUAUCAAGUAAUUUAAUUUCAACUGAAGGUUUUGAUAAAAUCUUAUUCUCACUUGAAUCAAAUACAACCCUAACAAAUUUAAAUCUUUCAAGAAAUCAAUUAGAUCUUUCAAUACCAUUAAACUACUUGACAAGUUCUUUAGCAUUCAAUAAAACUUUAACCUCUUUAAAUUUAUCUGAAUGUAAUUUACAAAAUUCUCAUUUUAUUCAAAUUUCAAUUGCAUUACAAUCAAAUAAAAAAUUAAAAAAAUUAAAUUUAUCAAAAAAUAAUAUAUCAGAUAUAAAACCAUUUUUUACAAUUAUUCAAUCAAAUAAAACUUUAAAAUCAAUUUAUCUUUCAAAACAUAAAUUUAAAUCAAAUGACCUUUUUAUUUUAUUAAAUUAUAUUUUUAAAUUAAAUGACACAGUUACACUGGAAAAUGGAAAUAUUAUAGAUAUUGAUAUUCCUUCAAUCAUCCAUCAAUUAGAAUAUAUAGAUUUGUCAUUACCUCAUGAACCAUUAACAAAAAAUAUUAAUCUACUUUUAAGAGAAUUUAGAAAAGUUAAUACUAUCACAAAAAUUAAAAUAUGA